AUGUCAAGUCAGCCGCGUUUCGUGGAAGCCGAGCUAGCCGCUCUACUAGAAGAUUUGAGCCCGGAGCGGGAUCGGAUUCAAAACUGCCGGCGCUGGAUCAUGCAACGAUUGCGACACAUUUCAAAGAUUAUGGAUUUCUUGCUGAAUAAGAUCCGAUCCGGCGGCGACCCGCUGGCGAUAAUGGUCUUGUUCUACGUGAUCAACGACGUGGCGCAGAAUGCGAACAGACUAGGCGGGGAAGAAGCCCGCACGACGUUGGCGGCGAUACAGUUAAUUAUGGCGCCGGCUUGCAGACACGUAGCUACCCUGAACGACGAGACGCUCGACGCGAAAGUGCGGCGAACACUUGACUGCAACGGCAAAAAGAAGGCGGCAAAAAUGGCCGAGAAGAAAAAGGCCAAGCAGCCUUCGGGCACCACCACCAUGCCGAUGCCAGUCAAGAAGUCCGCCUCCGAGGACAACCCGUUCAACUACGACGCGCAGCAGCUGAACGCGAUGACGAAGAGCCUGCACAACGCCCUGGAAAAGCAGAAGCGCCCGCCCUCGAUGGAUCUGGAGUUGAGAGAAAAGAUCUCCGCCCUCCCCUCCUACCUGGCCAACCCCGGGGAGCUGAACUUUAUCAAGACGGUCGAGGAGAAGCAUCGAGUCCUCGCUGAAAUUGCCGAGAGCGCCCCACUAGUCAAUGGAUAUUGUCAAGACCUCGACCGCGAGAUCACGAAUCGGCGAAAGACGGUCGACCUACUGGGCGAGUAUUUGAUCAUGCUGCGCAACGUGGCGAACCGCGAGAACGAGCAGAUACAGUGGCUGAAGCGGAAGAAGGGCGAGGUGGAGAGCGAUCAGAAGGAGCUCGAACUGGCCCUGGAACGACUUCCCGACCAAGCCCUCGAAACGGAGGCCGUCACCGAGCUGCCCAACUUUGAGAACCUGUUCAACUUUGGGAAGCCGAUGUUCGGCAGCCAA